UGUCGGAGUUGGAAUUGCAUUGUACUAUUUCAGUGUUAGUGGUAAGGAGAGUUUGGUACACAAACUACCACCAUGAAGAGCAUGGUGACGCCAUUGACGAGGGUCUCACCCUUUCGUCACCGAAAUGGCCAUAAUACCCUUCCCUUCUUCUCUCACGCACGCUACCCUUCCUCACCAAACUUCUCUUUCUCCCCUCUCUCUCUCACUCUUUCCAUGGCCGCUUCACCCCAGUCUUCCGCUCCGGCUGUGUCGCGUGGUGAUGCCAACAUCGACAAAGAUGGUGUAUUUCAAUUGAUUCAAGAACAUCAGGAAAAAGCUGCUAGACUUUCUCCAGUUGAGGAAAUUCGAACUGUCCUUGAUCGUAGCGUUCGCGGGAUGCUCUCUACAUUCUCCAAGAAGUUCGAUGGCUAUCCAUCAGGAUCUAUGGUUGACUUUGCAUGUGAUGCAAAUGGAUAUCCUAUAUUAGCCGUGAGCGAUCUGGCAGUUCAUUCCAAGGACCUAACUGCCAAUCCUAAAUGCUCAUUACUUGUGGCUAGAGAUCCUGAAGAUAGGACUGAUUUAGUGAUUACUUUACACGGUGAUGCUAUCACUGUACCUGAAAAGGAUAAAGAAGCUGUUCGAGCUGCAUAUUUGGCAAGACAUCCCAAUGCAUUUUGGGUUGACUUUGGAGACUUCAAAUUCUUGCGCAUUGAACCGAAAGUUGUACGAUUUGUGUCAGGUGUUGCCACAGCUUUGUUAGGAUCAGGAGAGUUUACUGGAGAUGAGUAUAAAUCUGCAAAAGUUGACCCCAUAGCUCAAUUUUCCAAGCCAGUGGCGUCUCAUAUGAACAAAGAUCAUGCUGACGAUAACAAAGUGAUUGUGCAGCAUUGGACCUCAGUUCCAGUGGACUUUGCAUACCUUCUAGAUUUGGAUAGUCUUGGUUUCAAUGUUAAGGCUGGUUAUCAGGGUGAUACUUUCAAGCUUCGUGUACCUUUCCCUCGACGUGCAGAAGAUAGAAAGGAUGUGAAGACUCUCAUUGUUGAGAUGCUUCAAGCUGCCGGGCCUAAGGCUGAAUGAUGACUCCACAGAUCAAUGAAGAGCACUUGCCAGACAUCCUUCUUGGAAAGAAGAAAAUUAUACACAUCGAAAAAGGAAAUGCCUUUAUAAUUUCCAAAAAAGAAGACUUCAAAGCAAAUGGUUGACUUUCUUUAUUUCUUGUAUAUACACUAUUUGUUAUUUUCAUGAGGAAAAGCACUUCAAAAUUCAGAUUGUGUGAUGUUUCUCAUAGAAACAAACCCUUUGAUAUACAUAAGUGAUUUUAUAUGAA